CUUAGAACAACCUAUAAAGUUUAGUUAUGUUACAUUUUGUUGUUUAAAAUUUGAAACCAGUUUAUAAAACAGAACUUUGACUGUUUAAUUUUUAAUAAUUAUGUUGUUAGUUGCAGCCUUUAUCUUAACGGUUGUUCUAUACUUUUUCUUCAAAAAACAUCAUACGGAAAAUGGGUUACAUAAAUUUCCCGAACCCCCGGGAAAUUUCUUCGUAGGACACAUACUGCAAGCACUGUCUACUGAAAAUGCAAUAGCAGUCACAAGCAAGUUUCUCGACUACGGAAAGACUGUCAGAUUGAGGUGUGGACCUGCUGCUUGUCCCAUAAUUGAAGGCCUCGUAACGAAAGAUUACAACCUCAUCGAAUUCAUUCUAAGCAAUAACAAAAUCUUGACGAAAUCUGAAAAUUAUAAAUUCUUGAGGGCUUGGUUGAGAAACGGACUGUUGUUGAGCGAUGGCGAUUACUGGAAAAGACACAGAAAAAUUUUAACCCCGGCUUUCCAUUUCGGGAUACUCAAACAAUUUGUCGAUGUUUUUGAAUCGGUGGGGGACAUUUUCGUCAAAAAAUUAGAAAAAUAUGAAGGAAUGUCAAGCGUGGAUUUACACCCACUGGUUAUUCUUCUAACGCUUGACAUUAUCUCUGAGACCGCCAUGGGUACGAAAAUUGACGUCCAAACUGGCCACAACUCCCACUACUUGAAGAGUGUGAAAGAAAUUUGCAGAAUCGUCAUAGAAAGAGCUUUUUCUCCAAUAAGUGCAUUCGAAUUUAGUUUCUGGUUAUGUAAAGACUACUACAAACAAAAGAAAGCGUUGAAAGUUUUACACGGUUUUACGUCAGAGGUGCUCAGUUCCAAAAAGGGACAAGUUUUUGAAAAGACAACGAAAAAAAUGGCUUUCUUGGAUCUGCUUUUGAAAUUUUCUCGCGACGAAGAUGUUCUUAGUAAUGAUGAGAUUCGCGAGGAAGUUGAUACUUUCAUGUUUGAGGGACAUGACACAACAGCUGCUGGUAUUUGUUUCAUCUUGUAUUGUUUGGCUGACCAUCCUGAUGUCCAGGCGAAAGUGCUUCAAGAGCAAAAAGCGUUGUUUGGUAAUCAGAAAAAUCCAGCGGUGGCUUAUUCAGACUUACAAAACAUGAAAUAUCUAGAGUGCGUUAUCAAAGAAACCUGUCGGUUGUAUCCUCCAGUUCCGGUAAUAGGACGAUAUACAACAGAAGAAGUCAAUUUUGAAGGUUAUUUAAUACCCAAAAGAACUAAUAUUGUUUUGUUUAUUUACGCUUUGCACAGAAAUCCGGAUUUUUUUCCGGAACCGGAAAAAUUCAAGCCCGAAAGAUUCGAAAAUUUUCACACUUCUUUUCCUUAUGCCUAUAUUCCGUUUAGUGCUGGUGCUAGAAACUGUAUUGGUCAAAAGUUCGCCAUGUUGGAAAUGAAAAGCGUGAUUUCGAAAGUCGUUAGACAUUUUGAAAUUAAACCAACUGUGCCGAGACACGAAUUGAAACUGUCUGUGGAAGCGGUUUUGAAAUCAGUAAAUGGAAUUAAGGUUGGGUUGCAAAAGCGACAUUAGUUUUUUUUUUUAAUAAAAUAUUAUAUUACAAUCGUC